GUGUAGCUAAGGUGUUAAAAAAAAACAUUCAUGACGCUGUUUCUUUUUGACAUUAUUGGUAUCUUGUUUAAAUUGUUUUGCUAAAGAUGGUUAAAUAUAUUUUAUUCUCUGAUCCUCUUCGUCAGGAAGAAAUAGAUACAUUUUACACGGCUAGUCAAAUGCAACGUGAUUAUUACAGAGGCUACCCGCGAUGCUAUCAUCCGCUGCAAUACUUCAAAGAACCUGAAUAUAUGUGGCAAUGCGCUCCAGAGAUGUCUCACGUGUACCUUAGUUUCCCGCCUUACCAUGUGAGGUACAGGCAACCUGUAAUAUUGCCGCCUACAACAGAACGUACAUUAGAGAUACCUACACUUCCUGGUAGAUCGUUGGCGGGACGUUACAAUAAGGCGGCAUGUAAAGCCUUUAUGAGAUGAGCUAAAUAAAUAUUGGAAGAAAAAAAGUUAUGCCAAGACCCAAUAAAUGUGCUACGAAGAUUUGUC